CCCUCGGACGAGCCUCGGCGGCCUCGCCCUCCCUCCCCCGCCGGCGCUGGCCUGACCCGUUCGGAUCAGGCUACCCAACUUUCCCAGUCCUGUGACCCUCAAAUUAAAGGACAGGGAUCAGAACUUGCGGUAAUGACUCAAGAGGCAUCUAAAGACAUAGAUUUCCCUCUGAGUUCUUGUUCAGCAGGUGACAGCAGCAUCAUGGUGAAGAUCAAGUGGGAGAAGCAGGAGUGGCUUCCCCAGGCCCUGGAGACCCCUUCCAUUCUGCCAGAGAAGGACAAGGAGAACAUCUUCCAGUAUCCCCUGGGUCAUCCCCUUCUCCAGGCUUUGGGGAAGCCUCGAGAUCCAGGAGGGUGGGAAGAGGCCCAAGGUCCCUGCCGAAUUCCCAGUGCUCAGUGGAUGGGAGGGUCAGUGGGCCGUGGGUCCAUAGCAGCCACCUCUUUUCUUGGCCCACAGUUUCCAGUAGGUGAGGGACAUUUUGCAUGUCCAGACUGUGGGAAGAGGUUUAGUUGGUGGUCAUCACUGAAUAUCCACCAGCGCACUCACACAGGAGAGAAGCCUUAUCACUGUGGCAAGUGUGGCAAGAGCUUCAGCCAGAAGCCAAACCUGGUCAGACACCAGAGGCACCACACAGGUGAGCGGCCCUUCCACUGCUCUGAGUGCGAGAGGCGCUUUAGCCAGAAGCAACAUCUGCUCAAGCACCAGAAGACGCACUCCCGCCCUGCAAUCCACUCUUGCCCUGAGUGUGAGCGACGUUUCCGUCAUAAAGUGGCCCUCCGGGUCCACCAGAGGACCCAUGCCCGUGACCGCCAGCUGGCCCGGGCUGAGCUGCAGAAGCUCCUCAGAGACAAGGUGAUCCGGAAACCCCGCCGGCUCCCGUCAGCAUCACGAGAAUCUCCAGGCUAUCCCUGGGUAGAAGCUGGUGGAGGGUGGAGGUCUGGGCCACCUGCCAAGGCUCGGACUUCUGCUACCGGCUCCGGGGAACAGCGCCAGUUCAUCUGCAAUGAAUGUGGGAAGAGUUUCACGUGGUGGUCAUCACUGAACAUUCACCAGCGGAUCCAUACAGGGGAGCAGCCUUAUGCCUGCCCAGAGUGUGGGCGGCGCUUUAGCCAGAAGCCCAAUCUGACUCGGCACCUUCGUAACCACACAGGUGAACGACCCCACCUGUGCCCUGAUUGUGGCCGUGGCUUCCGUCAGAAGCAGCAUCUGCUCAAACACCAACGCACACACCGAGUUGGGGAGAAGGUUUCCUUGUGCCCUGGCUGUGGGGAGAGCUGCCCCAGCCGGGCAGCCCUGAGGGCCCACCAGAGGGCCCAUGCUGCUGCUGAGCUCCUCCACGGGGCAGCCCUCCGGGGCCGGAUGGUGGUGGCAGUGGCCAGUGUGGAAUCAGGGUCAGGCUUAAUGCAGCCUGCAGAGUAUGCCCUGGGCUUCCCUCUACAGCCACCAGCUUCCCAGGCCCUGCAAGGGGAUGAGGUUGUCUUGCUGGACAGGGAAGCACGCUGGAGCAGGGGCCCAGUAGGCAUGGCCCAAGCAGGUGGAGGAGUACCUUCAUCUGGCACUGCUGAGCAGCGUCAGUUCAUCUGUAAUGAAUGUGGCAAGAGCUUCACCUGGUGGUCAGCACUCACCAUCCACCAGCGGAUUCAUACUGGGGAGCGGCCCUACCCUUGCCCAGAUUGUGGGCGUCGCUUUAGUCAAAAGCCCAACUUGACUCGGCACCAGCGGAACCACACAGGCGAGCGGCCUUACCUAUGUGCUGACUGUGGCAAGGGUUUCAGCCAGAAGCAGCACUUGCUUAAGCACCAUCGUGUCCACAGAGGAGGGGGCCAAGUAGUGCUUGCCCCUGCCCACAGUAUCAAGGAAGAACCUUAAUAGAUGAGGCUGAGACAUGGGAGGUCUCCAUAAU